CACCGUAGGCGGAAGCCGGCCGGGACCGAAGGAGCAGGCGAGGCUGGAAGUGAAAGCAGCAGACUGGGCUGGCGUGGACGGACGACGGGUCAUGGCGGUGCCGUUGCUGGGCGCGCUCUGGGCCGAGAUCCCGCUGGAGACGCGGAUCUUUGGCUCGGUGCUGCUCUUCUCCUGGGCCGUCUACCUGUGGGAGGCGCUGCUCGCUUGGCGGCAGAGGACUGUUUACAAGACGACAACCCAUGUCCCGCUGGAGUUGGGACAGAUAAUGGACGUGGAAACGUUUGAAAAAUCUCGCCUUUAUCAGUUGGACAAAAGUGCUUUCAGCUUUUGGUCGGGUCUCUACUCAGAGGUAGAGGGCACUGUGAUUCUUCUGUGUGGAGGAAUUCCUUUCCUUUGGUCUGUAUCUGGUGAGAUCUCUGAAUCUGCUGGCUUUGGAUCAGAGUAUGAGAUCGUCCAGUCCCUGGUCUUUUUGCUGCUUGCAACCCUUUUCAGCGCAGUCACAGGCCUGCCCUGGAGCCUCUAUAAUACCUUCGUCAUAGAGGAAAAACACGGCUUCAAUCAACAGACUCUGGGAUUCUUUUUUAAAGACGCCAUAAAGAAGUUCGUUGUGACUCAGUGCAUCCUGUUGCCAGUAACGGCGCUGCUUCUUUACAUUAUUAAAAUAGGGGGAGACUACUUCUUCAUUUACGCAUGGCUUUUCACAUUAGUGGUUUCUUUGGUCCUUGUCACUAUCUAUGCAGAUUACAUCGCUCCUUUGUUUGAUAAGUUCAUUCCCCUCCCUGAAGGGGAGCUCAAGCAACAAAUUGAGGCGAUGGCCAAGAAUAUAGAUUUUCCUCUGACCAAAGUUUACGUUGUGGAAGGUUCCAAACGAUCCUCCCACAGCAAUGCUUAUUUCUAUGGCUUCUUUAAGAAUAAGCGCAUCGUGCUGUUCGAUACGCUCCUGGAGGAUUAUUCUGCGCUUAACAAAGAACGUCCCGAGGAUGCUGGUUCAGAGUCCCAGGCGGCUGGAGGAAACGAUGAGGAUGCUGAGACGCAGGCUAAAGCGAAAAAUAAAAAACAAGGUUGCAAAAACGAAGAAGUCUUGGCUGUGUUGGGCCAUGAGCUGGGGCAUUGGAAGCUGGGCCACACCAUUAAAAACAUUGUUAUCAGCCAGAUGAACUCCUUCUUGUGUUUCUUCUUAUUUGCUGUCCUUAUUGGUCAAAAGGAACUUUUUGCGGCGUUUGGAUUCUACGAUACUCAGCCUACCCUGAUAGGCCUCCUGAUCAUCUUUCAGUUUAUCUUCUCUCCUUAUAACGAGGUCCUCUCCUUCUGUUUAACAGUGUUGAGCAGACGUUUUGAAUUCCAAGCGGAUGCUUUUGCCAAGGAUCUCGGAAAAGCUAAAGAUUUGUACUCUGCACUGAUCAAGUUGAACAAAGACAACUUGGGAUUCCCUGUUUCAGACUGGCUGUUUUCUAUGUGGCAUUAUUCUCACCCUCCACUGUUAGAAAGACUUCAAGCACUCAAGGAGUCCAAUAAGACUGAUUAAAUAAGCAGAUGGCUUGAAGGAGGAGCUUUUAUCCCAAAUCGAAUUCCUGAUUUUGUUUUUUAAACUGCAUAUAUAUAGAGAGAUACAUCCAUUCCGAACACGUCAUUCUGCGUUAGCAACAUUGUGCUCUUCACCCGAUCUGAAACAAGCUCCUGAAAAAAAAACUUGUAUUCAAUUAACUGAAAUGAAUUUUAAAGAGAAAUAACCUUGUGGGGACUGAGGUGAGGGAUGAAUGUAAUGUGUAAAAAAAUUAUCUUCUCACAGAGAAGAGUGCUUGAGGGGGAAAGUAACUUGUUACAACCUGAAGUAUUGCUUGAAUUUGUGGAAGCUUUGAAUGUGACUCUUUGUACCUUAAGCACUUUGUCUGGGUGUUCUGUACAGCAAACUUCUAGCUUUCCUACCUCAUCCAUGUGGGGUUCAGGACCUGGAAAACUCUCCCUUUUUUGACUAUUGGGAUUCCAGCAUUUGAACCAGAUGUCUGGCGUGAGAGCAUGGGGCUUUCUCCCUAGGUUCAUGUUCAAACCCACAAUGAAAAUGAAAAGGCUACUUUUUACAGACAAUAAAGGCAUCUCUGUCCCGCGAUGGGGACCAGAGAAUAAAUUCAA